UCUCCAUCACCCUAGUUUGCUUGCAUCCACAUUUACUCCGACAUGAAUCUCGUUUCUGCAGCAACAGAAGUCUGGCUCCAUCGACCAGGCUGGCUUCGCCUUGCACUCUCUCAUCGUCCCGUUCUUUUUUGUUCUGCUCCUUACCAGAGUCAUGGAUCGAAAUCAGCGUUCGGUCUUCUGGUGAGGAGGAGUCAGAAUGACCGCAAGUCGAUCGAUCGGAGGGAAGAGCUUCUUUUUUUUAUUGAAGUUGAUCGUGAUCGUAGAACAGAAGUUGUCGUCAGACCGUGGAUCCACCCUCUGAACAUCUCCGGCAACUUUUACUUGGUUCCGAUCUCGUACACGCAACAAGGAAGGAUCUUAGCUUUUUGAUAUAAAGCUUUGGGCCAUCUGCAAGUCAUGUGUUCGCCAGAUUCAAGUCGCUGUGCCUCUAGAUUCCUCACUUGCAGCAGACGCCCAAUUCUUUCUAACCAUCACGUCGUGGGCGACUGUUGAGUUUGAGGUGUGGAGCUCUGCAUCUUCUUCUCGGCAUGGUUGUCGCGGCGGCGAGGAGUAAUGACAUGGCAGCUUGAAAGACGAUUGACAACAGAGUUUGAUCAAUUCUUUGUUUGUACAGUGUAAUUAGAACAGGCGAAUAUGGAGAGGAUGAGCCCCACCUUGCAAGUACGGCAUGGAGCCGUUCUGAACUUCAAGCCUUCGCACAGAGCAGUUCCCUCCGAUUUAAUCUUCAGAGUGAGGUGCGCAGCUCGCGCACCAAGACCUCGUGAAGAAGCCGCGGUCAGCAAGAAGUGGACGACAGAAGAUGUGGACAACACCGGGUUGUCUUGUCGGAAGCGAAGGGAGAUGAAUUGCGGGCGUAGGCGAGUGUUGGCCGGCCUGGUGUCCCCGCUGCUGUUCAAAUACUCUCUACCUUUGGGCAGACAGACGGCAAGCGCAGCCGAUGCUACGGAGGAUCCAGUUGAAAUGGCAGUGGUGGCUGUUUUGGACGCACGUGACAUGAUUCCUGCGCUCUCAACGUUUCUUCUCCAAGCAAAGUCAAAGUUCGGACCAUCCUCCGAAUGCAAGACUCGGCUUAAGGCCCUCACUCUCGUGUACAAUCGCCUGAAGAUUAACUUACCGAGACUAGUUGAAGAGCUGGAGCUUAACGAAGACUUCUCCGAACAGCUGCUGCAAGGGUUGGCCCUGGUGGAAGAGGAUAUGUGCUCCCAAAGCAUGGUGUCCUCGCCCGGCAGCUUGAUCGAGAACCAAACCAUUUCUAGAGUAAACGUGGAAGGCUCGCUCAAGUCGCUUAAGCUAGCUCGCAGCAAAGUAGAUGUGCUCCUUCAACAGGUUCCAAGCCAGCUCCUGGAGCUUGCGCAGUUAGCACGAGGAGUCCGCCCUAUGGCUUGAAGCUUUACUCUUCAGAAUCUGUUUUAGUUCAUCAGUGAAGCGUGGUAUUGCUCUUAUACAGUAGUGUAGAACAUUGGCAUGGUAGACUUACAGGAAUUGUACAGUAGAGAUGAUACAAUGGAUACCAAAGAAAUUCUAGAGAGAUUUCAACCGCCUGUGAUUUAAGUGUUAACUUGAGUUCUAUAUCAAUGAUUGAAACGAGAAGCGGCUUCUCAACAUCGUUUCCAUCCUUUUUAA